AUGGGGGGCGGAGAAAUCAGUGGAGAAGUGAUAGGGAUAGACCUAGGCACCACCUUCUCCUGCGUCGCCGUCGCUCGAAAGGGUCACGCCGUCGAAAUCAUAACCAACGAUCAAGGCAAUCGAACCACCCCUUCUUAUGUAGCUUUCUCACCUCCCGCCGCCGGUUAUACCGAACGUCUCAUCGGCGAAUCCGCCAAGAAUCAGGCUGUACGCAACCCCCGACGAACAAUCUUGGACCUCAAACGUCUCAUCGGGAAAAAGUUCGACGACCCAGAAGUCCAGAACGAUCUCAAGUACUUGCCCUACCCCGUCGUCAACAGGGACGGAAAGCCUUGCGUCGAAGUCGAAGUUAAUGGCGAGCUGAAAACCUUUACCGCGGAAGAAAUAAGCGCCAUGGUGCUGCUGAAAAUGAAGGAGACCGCGGAAUCGUACCUUGGGAAGGAAGUAACCAAGGCCGUGGUCACCGUCCCUGCCUACUUCAACGACUCCCAGAGGCAAGCGACCAAAGACGCUGGCAUCAUCGCCGGGCUCAACGUUGUACGGAUAAUCAACGAGCCCACGGCCGCUGCCCUAGCUUAUGGUGUGAAACAAGAUCCUGACACAAAGAGGAAUAUUCUCGUUUACGAUUUAGGUGGCGGGACGUUCGACGUCAGCGUUUUGGAGAUCAACAACGGCAUAUUUCAGGUACGGGCCACAGGGGGUGACACGCAUCUCGGUGGUCGAGAUUUCGACCAGAAUGUAAUAGACUACUUUGUCGAUCGGAUUAGGAAAAGGUUCGCAAAAGAUGUUAGUGAAGACGACCCGAAAGCUAUGGCGAAGCUGCGUAGGGAAUGCGAGAGGGCGAAAAAGGUACUGAGCACUCAGACACAAACUACGGUGGAGAUUGAUUCCCUGAUACAAGGGAUGGACGACUUCUCCGAGCCAUUCACGAGAGCGACGUUCGAGGAUUUGAACAUGAAUCUCUUCAAGAGGACACUGGACGUGGUGAAGUCGACGCUGGUCGAUGCAAAGCUGGACAAGGACGAGAUCGACGAGAUCGUGUUGAUUGGUGGAAGCACGAGAAUUCCCCGGGUGAGGGAGAUGUUGAAGAAGGCGUUCGAUGGGAAGGAGCCGAGCAAAGGGAUCAAUCCCGACGAAGCUGUGGCUUAUGGUGCAGCUGUCUAUGGAGCCAGUCUCAAUGGCGACCAAGCCGGUAAUCAUACAGGUGUUAUUCUAUUUGAUGUCACUCCCUUGAGUUUGGGGAUCAGAAUCCUAAACAAUCUGAUGCAUGUAGUGGUGCCCAGAAAUACUGUCAUUCCUACAAAGAAGUCGCGCGCAGGAUUCGUACCCGCCAAACCUGUUCAUGGACAGCGAACUAGUGUGUCUAUUCAGAUAUUCCAAGGUGAAAGAGCCCUGACCAAUGACUGCCUUCUGCUCGGAAGCUUUACGUUGACAGGCGUUCCAUCGGGGGGAGAAGGAGAACCAUCUAUUGAGGUGACAUUUGAAGUUGACGCGGAUGGAAUCUUGAGCGUGACGGCCAAGUAUGGAGCAACCGGCGGCGGGAAUUCUAAAACCCUCACCAUCGACAGCUACACAAGGAAUUUGAGUUCGAGGGAGAUCGAGAGGAUGAUCAGAGAAGGGAGGGAGAUGGCCGAGCAAGACAAGAAGGAGAGGACACGUGUUAACGCGAGGAACCGAUUGGAGAGGCACAUUCAUGAUCUGAAGGAGGCAUUGGCUGAUGACAAGCUUGAUGAUCACCUGGAAGAUGGUAUCAAGACCGCGGCGGCGAAGAGGGCGUUGAGAGAAGUUUCGGAGUGGUUUGGUAACAACAAGAGUACUGCAUGCGCGCAAGAGUACGAGGAUAGAAGUCAGAAGUUGGAAGACUUGUUUAGCCAAGUUUUCUCUGAUGGUCAAGUCUCGUUAGGUUAG